AUGGCGUCUUCACAAGAAUUCACCGAUGAACAGCUAAACUACUACAGAAUUUGUUAUCUAACUACUGAUAUACUAGCGGAGGGUCUGAGAGAAAUAUUCAAACAAGAAUGGGACAAACUAUACAAAUCAACAAAAGGAGAAUGGAAAGACGAGGCUCGUAAUGGAAUGGACUUUUAUAACGGAGAGUCUCCUCGAAAUCAAAAAAGAAACGCUCAUCUUUUGGCCACUAUGAAACACGGAAACAGAGGGGAAUGGGAUUGUACAAUGCUGUUUUACGCCAUCCUUUUCUCUGAUUGCGUCGGGCUGCGUCCUAGCGCAAUAGUCAGUAAAAAUGUGGAUGAUCUAAGAAAUUUCAGGAACAAAGAAUUCGCUCACAUGCCACAAGGUAGUCUCUCUGAGUCAGAUUUUCAGAAUGCUAUUAGCAAAGUUGAUGUUGCGUUUCAAGCACUUAGUCUUCCCACUGUAAAAAUUCAAGACCUAAAAUAUCAGAAAUCGUUUCCAACAAAUGAUUUAACAAAGAUCCUGAAAGAAGUUGAUAAUCUGAAACAAGAAGUUCAGGUCCUUGAGGAUCAGCUCCAAAAUGAAGCACCUUCAUUCUGUGUUCUCCCUCCUAAACCUUCGCAUGAAAUCGGUGGUCGUGAAAGUGAAGUAGCCAAAAUAGUCCAACAGCUGAGGGAACUAAAUGAGUCCAGUGACAACAGGUUGAGUUAUUUAUACAUCUCAGGGAAUCCUGGAAGCGGCAAAUCACAGCUAGCUGGCCUCGUAGCUAAGAGAUUCUACGACGAAGUGAAUGAAAUGCCAGAUGGGUCUUCCUUUGCAAUGACCUUAAAUGCUACAAGUCCAGAUUCACUUCUGGUUUCGUACACCUCAUUGGCUCGCCAUUUAAAAUGCCCAGACUAUUCAGUCAUAAAAAUACUCGAGUCAAAAGACUGGAAUGUGGAGAAAAAGAUCACUAAUCUUACGACGCUUAUUGCGGAAAAAAUUGGCUGCUACACUUCGUGGUUACUAGUAGUUGACAACGUCACUAACAUGGCAUCUGUGCAAGACCUUCUACCACAGUUCACAACAAAUGCUUGGGACAGGGGCCAGUUGCUGAUUACGACCCAGGACACAACGUCAAUUCCCUCAAAAAGCUCGUUCGUUAAUCACAUCUCAAUAAGCAAAGGUAUGGAGCCCAAUGACGCCCGUUCAUUAUUGUCCAAGCUUUCUGGUAUCCCAGAUAGCGACAUAGUAGGAACAGUAGCACAAAGACUGGAUUAUCAACCUCUUGCUUUAGCAGGCGCUGCCGUCUUUGUUAAAGAGAUGCGGCAGGACAGGAUAUCGACGCAUUUUGAGUGGGAGGAGUACCUGAAGAUCUUAGAAAAAGGCAAAAGACAGAAAACGGAGGAUGCACUUAUUGACACCAAUCCAAUUUAUCCAAAUUCAAUGACCAAAGCAAUAAAGUUAGCGGUGGAAACUCUGAUGGGAUCCGACAAGUUUCAAAAACACCUUUUCACUGUUCUUGCCCUCUGCGCUCCACGACCAUUGAACGUCGACAUAGCAGUUAGUUACAUCAUGGACGCACAUGAAGAGUUUGAUGAAGCGGACAAAGAAUUCAUUCGCAUGAGAUUAAAAAGAAGCUCACUUCUGCUGUUCCAAGAUGACGAGGGUGGCUGUUUUAUUCGAGUUCACCAGGUUGUGCAUGAUGCUAUAAAAACUUUAGCAAAAGAGUGUCCAGAAAGCCAAACCGAUGAGGUCGUUAGUGGGGUCAUUACAUCAUUUAACGAAUUUGUCGUCGCAACUCCACCAGAAAAUGAGCGACUAAGCACCAGACACAUCGUUCCACAUUUGAAAGCUUUAACUAUAGUAACUGACAAAGUGUUUUUGCGAGAUAAGUUCUUUCAAGUUCAUGGUAAGGAGAUUUCCGAAAAAUGCGAAAACCUUGGAAAUAUUUGUCAAAUGCACUGUGAAUUCGAAGGAGCAAAAACAUAUUUUCAAUAUUCACUCACUUUUAAGCUUCAAGAGCUCGACCCAGAACAUGUUAAUGUUGCAGCAGGCUACAGUAACUUAGCUUCGAUUUACCGGGAUUUAGGUGACUUUGAGCAAGCCAAGGAGUAUCAGCAACGUGCUCUGGACAUUGAACUGGACAAGCUCGGCCCGGAACAUGUUAAUGUUGCAACAAGCUACAGUAACUUAGCUUCGAUUUACCAGGAUUUAGGUGACUUUGAGCAAGCCAAGGAGUAUCAGCAACGUGCUCUGGACAUUGAACUGGACAAGCUCGGCCCGGAACAUGUUAAUGUUGCAGGAAGCUAUGCUAACUUAGCUUUGAUUUACAAGGAUUUAGGUGACUUUGAGCGAGCCAAGGAGUAUCAGCAACGUGCUCUGGACAUUGAGCUGGACAAGCUCGGUCCGGAACAUGUUAAUGUUGCAACAAACUACAGUAACUUAGCUUUGAUUUACAAGGAUUUAGGUGACUUUGAGCAAGCCAAGGAGUAUCAGCAACGUGCUCUGGACAUUGCCCUGGACAAGCUCGGUCCGGAACAUGUUAAUGUUGCAACAAGCUAUCAUAACUUAGCUUUGAUUUACAGGGAUUUAGGUGACUUUGAGCAAGCCAAGGAGUAUCUGCAACGUGCUCUGGACAUUGACCUGGACAAGCUCGGUCCGGAACAUGUUAAUGUUGCAACAAGCUAUAGUAGCUUAGCUUUGAUUUACCAGGAUUUAGGUGACUUUGAGCAAGCCAAGGAGUAUCAGCAACGUGCUCUGGACAUUGACCUGGACAAGCUCGGCCCGGAACAUGUUAAUGUUGCAACAAGCUAUAGUAGCUUAGCUUUGAUUUACAAGGAUUUAGGUGACUUUGAGCAAGCCAAGGAGUAUCAGCAACGUGCUCUGGACAUUGAACUGGACAAGCUCGGCCCGGAACAUGUUAAUGUUGCAGGAAGCUAUGCUAACUUAGCUUUGAUUUACCGGCAAUUAGGUGACUUUGAGCAAGCCAAGGAGUAUCAGCAACGUGCUCUGGACAUUCAACUGGACAAGCUCGUUCCGGAACAUGUUAAUGUUGCAACAAGCUAUCAUAACUUAGCUUUGAUUUACCAGGAUUUAGCUGACUUUGAGCAAGCCAAGGAGUACCAGCAACGUGCUCUGGACAUUCAACUGGACAAGCUCGGCCCGGAACAUGUUAAUGUUGCAACAAGCUAUAGUAGCUUAGCUUUGAUUUACCAGGAUUUAGGUGACUUUGAGCAAGCCAAGGAGUAUCAGCAACGUGCUCUGGACAUUGACCUGGACAAGCUCGGCCCGGAACAUGUUAAUGUUGCAACAAGCUAUAGUAGCUUAGCUUUGAUUUACAAGGAUUUAGGUGACUUUGAGCAAGCCAAGGAGUAUCAGCAACGUGCUCUGGACAUUGAACUGGACAAGCUCGGCCCGGAACAUGUUAAUGUUGCAGGAAGCUAUGCUAACUUAGCUUUGAUUUACCGGCAAUUAGGUGACUUUGAGCAAGCCAAGGAGUAUCAGCAACGUGCUCUGGACAUUCAACUGGACAAGCUCGUUCCGGAACAUGUUAAUGUUGCAACAAGCUAUCAUAACUUAGCUUUGAUUUACCAGGAUUUAGCUGACUUUGAGCAAGCCAAGGAGUACCAGCAACGUGCUCUGGACAUUCAACUGGACAAGCUCGGCCCGGAACAUGUUAAUGUUGCAACAAGCUAUAGUAGCUUAGCUUUGAUUUACCAGGAUUUAGGUGACUUUGAGCAAGCCAAGGAGUAUCAGCAACGUGCUCUGGACAUUGACCUGGACAAGCUCGGCCCGGAACAUGUUAAUGUUGCAACAAGCUAUAGUAGCUUAGCUUUGAUUUACAAGGAUUUAGGUGACUUUGAGCAAGCCAAGGAGUAUCAGCAACGUGCUCUGGACAUUGAACUGGACAAGCUCGGCCCGGAACAUGUUAAUGUUGCAGGAAGCUAUGCUAACUUAGCUUUGAUUUACCGGCAAUUAGGUGACUUUGAGCAAGCCAAGGAGUAUCAGCAACGUGCUCUGGACAUUCAACUGGACAAGCUCGUUCCGGAACAUGUUAAUGUUGCAACAAGCUAUCAUAACUUAGCUUUGAUUUACCAGGAUUUAGCUGACUUUGAGCAAGCCAAGGAGUACCAGCAACGUGCUCCGGACAUUCAACUGGACAAGCUCGGCCCGGAACAUGUUAAUGUUGCAACAAGCUAUAGUAGCUUAGCUUUGAUUUACCAGGAUUUAGGUGACUUUGAGCAAGCCAAGGAGUAUCAGGAACGUGCUCUGGCCAUUAGUGCAGACAAGCACUGGCUCAACAAAACACCAAAUAAGGUAAAUGAAGGACUGCUAACAGAGGCGAAAAACUUUAUUAUGGAAAUUAUAUUUAUUCUAGAUAGAUUUCACGCAGUCUUUAAGGUUUCUCGCGUUGGUGUUGUGUUAGAAUUUAAAAGGCUGAAUUUUGCAGGGGUUUUUUUUCACAGCAGCAUAAGUUGCAUUUUAAACUGCGAAGAUCGUCUUUGCAUUUUUUCUUGCGCAGUUCCAAUAUAUGAAAUUCAUAUAAUCUUUAUAAAUGAUUUUAAACUGAUAAACUCCAUGAAGUUUUACAUAUAUUAAUCAUGGAAUCGAUAUUUCGGACGUUGGUAAGACACCUCUUAAUUCAAGUUUGACUGUAACAGUUUCUGUUUAUACUCUAUUCCUGCUUUCCGUAUCUUCAAGUUUCUUCUAAUGAAAAAACCUGUUAGUCCUUGCAGAUCACUCAUGAAGCUGAAAGGCAUUUAUCACAACCCAAGAAAGAAGAUAAUGACGUCAAGGAUGAUGAUAAAGGCAGUAGUAAGGACGGUAAAUCAGAAGUCAGAAGUACGGGUUUACAAAUUAAGUGUUUGAAACGAUUUGAUAAGGAAAUAAUUCUUGAACACAUGUAAAGAAAACUUACGAGUUUUUUUCAUGUGCUUUUAAAUUUAUUUAAAAGUGUAAAAUACAGAAAAACAUUCACUGCGGCGCUCAAAAUCCUGCUGAGGUUUCGCAGUCCAGUUUGGCGCUAGAUUUGGCGCCAAGACGGACUCUGCACGUAAACAACAUGUGAUUUCUACUUUUUGGUACGUUUCAAUCUCUCGUGAUUGGUUGAGCCGCCUUAGGUUCUUAUUAACCAGAAGACCUUACUUCGGGAAAUGUAAUGGGUAAUUUUUUUUUGUUCUGAUUGAUGUAUCCAUGGAAAUUUCCCCGAGGCACUGAGUUUCACCUUGGGAAAAUCGGUCACACAAAAAGCCGCUUCCCCGUGGGCACGAUUCACCUCAGUUCCUCUUUGAUGAUGUUAUCAUUAUCAUAACAACAUCAUCAUCGUCAUUAUUGUUGUUAUUAUUAUCUUUAUCAUAAAGACCUGUAUUGCAUUGUCUUGCUCAUUAUUUCUUGUUCCUGAAAGAAUCUCCUUAAAGAUAUAAUUCCAUGUAUGGUGAAAAUUCAUUGUAGUUGACACUUUGUUCCUUGUUUUUAUUUAUCUUGUUGUCCUUUCGAGGACAUAACACAAAUUCCUGGCCUUACUCUUUAAGUAAAAGAAAAGAGGUAACAUAGAGCAUUUAAAAGAAGCAUUUAUUUUCCAUCUUAAAUUAUACGACAACAACAAUAGCGCUAUCGUACUACUGAAACGGUUUUCACUAUGUUUUCGCAUAGCAGAAGAUGCAACAACUUUGAAACUUGAAGAUGACCUUAAUGCAGAAGAGACAUCAAGUGAAGAUGAGGAUGAAUUACCACAAGAAGGACGUUGGCUAAAAGACUUGUGGGAACGAGAUAAAAGAAAGGAGUCCUGGGACGAGGACGAGGACGAGGACGAGGACGAGCACGAGCAAGAGGGCGACACCGACGACGACGACGCGAACGAUGAUGAGCACGAGCUUGAGGGCGACGACGACGACGACGAUGAGGACGAGGACUCGAACGAGGACGAGCACGAGCAAGAGGGCGACGGCGACGACGACGACGACUAGGAUGAAAACGCGAACCGGGACGAACACGAGCACGAGGGCGACGAGGAUGAGAACGAGGACGAGCACGAGCACGAGGGCGACGACGACCAGGAUGAAAUGAAGAGAUUGUCUGCGUUGUUUUUACAAGGUUAGAAAAAAUGGCAGCUUGAUAAGACUUAUAAGAUAUGGAGCAUCGUAAGUGAAAUCCAUGCAUAGAACACUGCUGUGGCAAAUCAUCAUCAUCUGCUGUCAGCCGUUGCUACUAAGACUGAUGGACUUAAGACUAUAGGGUUCACCAUAGUUUGAUCUCUCGUUAACACUCACCUGCCAACGGUCGAGAUUUAUGUCUCUCCUUUUCAUAUUUCUCUUAGCAACAUCUUUGAACCUUUACCUAGGGGUCCUUGAUUACGCAUGCUCAAACAGAAAUCAGAGUACAAUAGCUGUGUAGGAUUAUCCAUCCUAUGCAAGUGACCGGCCAGAGACUCCCUGUGAAUAAAACCCCACCAACUGGGGGUGAAAUAUCUAAUUUCCGCAAUAAGAGGUUUGAACUUGAAAUCCGUAAAACAGUGCUCAAUACAUAAAGUAGAGCGAGUAUACGUAUGGUUGACGGAAGAAAACAAGUAACUACAUAAGUAUCCCUACAAGCCUGUUUCGUGGUUGCCCACUCAUCAGGGGAUUUUAAUGAGAAUAACUUUACCAUUACUUAUAUACUAGACUGAUUUACAUAAUUUAUUCAGUGCGAGGUUCGUUACAUCAGUUGUUGCGCAAGAGGGCUUUGUUUCUGUGGCGGCAGGAAGACACGAGUUCAUUACGUUUGUUAAGUGUAGAGAGUUCAGGUCGGCAGAUGAUAAGGAAUUUUUCUUUAAGACAUAAGUUGCAUCGUUUGCUUGAGCUGUUGUACGGCAGGUGUGAAGAUAGAAUGCGCCAGGCGAUAGAGUAGUUGAUGUUGUUUUCUUUAAGAGUCCAGACGUGUUUGCUGAGUUCAGUGGAGUUUCUGUAAUUUCCGCAAUACGUGGAUGAAAUUUCACGGAGUAAUCAUUUAUUUAGUAAAGCCUCGUAAGCAAGAACUUUUACUAUUUCGAAUUUUUUUGUAUUUGGUCCUUAUCAGGUGCGCAAGCAAUUUUUAUAUGAACUGUUCUUUUUCUUUUUCAGCAAAAGCUAAGAAGCGUCCAGCAGGGGCCGGUAAAAGAGGACUUUUCAGCGAGGAGGAAAUUCCGGAAAGCAAAAGACCCCGUUUAUCCCCAGCACCUUUCUCGGAUGGGUUGGGAGAAGGUUCAGGACCAAACACCCCAGUUCUAACCCGUAAUGAAAAGAGCCCUCAGGGAAGUGAGAAAGUACCUCACGAGUAAGCCCAUGACCAGUGAGGACCUUUUUCAAAAACCUUGAAGAGCAAAUGUACAGGACUGUCUACUAAUGCCACCAUGGAAAAGCUUGCUGCUAUUUUGACGAAGAUACUAUAAGAGCAGAAAGCAAUCAAAGCGAAUCUUCAUCUUUCGCUGAGAUAACAGAGCUUAGAUCUGCAUGCAGUUCAUUUCUGGAUUCAAAGAUAACCAACCAAAGACUUACUUUCUAUCAUUUAGUAAGAACAUUGUAAAGGUAGCACAUGCAAAAUCCACCUUUUAGUAAAUGUAAUGUAAAUGUGUAAAUGUAAAUGUCAUAUUAUCCACUCCCCUCAGGGCUUUUCAGGGAUAAUUUACAACACUGGUUGGGGGACUUUGCCAGACUGCUUAAGGUGAUGCCCCCAUACAUGAGUGUGAAAGUGAGAUAGACCACUACACCGGGCACCUUGUUGAAGUUGUUCAUUUAAAACUGCAUUUGCUUAAUAGAUUUGAUAGAUUUAAUAAUUUCUUAUUGUAAACUUAAGACCACACCAUUUUCAACAUGAGGUCUUACAGCUCCGCAACGGACUGUCCACUAUAAUGUUGUGAAGAAUUUUCUAGGUUGUUAUGAAGAUUUUUGUCACGCGGUAUUUAUUUUCUGAUUUUAUGUUUGCACUUGAAGGUUCACUCGUGCUUAGUAAGAGUCUCAUUAUAAUUAGGUUUGUAUAUCAAGGUUAAUCCGUAAUUGUAUAGACAGGUUUUGGAAUUUUAUUAUCUUGUAGGGGUUUUUUUGUAACACAAACGGCAGUGGCCAAUAAUAACGGUGGCCAAUAAUAGACCCCAUCUUAGUCACUUUUGGGCAAAUGUAAUUUUCUCGAUCCCACCAUAGUUAAGGUGAUGUUACACGGAACGAUUCGCAACGACGAUUUUUAGCGCAACACAGCAUCACAACAUUGUUUCGACAUUAUUUUGAAUGGUUGCAACGUUGUUCCAACAUUGCUACGCUGCGUUGCGCUAAAAAUCGUCGUUGCGAAUCGUCCCGGGUAACAUCAUCUUUACUUUCUAUUUAUCUGUUUAUGAAUCUACAGUACCUUAUAAUGAAUGAAGAAUACUUCACUUUUCACCUACAGUACAAAACAUUCUGGUACGUUUGCUAGCCGUAAAUGUGAAGAACUUUUUUACCCCCAAAAUCCCAAAAAUAAAUGUGCGACCCCAUUCUAGUAACUCCGUUAAAAAUGCGACCCCGUUAUAGUCAAUCCAGACGUGAAAAUGCGACCCCAUUCAGCGGCGCAUCCCCGGGAUUGGCCUCUUAUAAGGAAGUACUUUCCCCUGCCCCCCCCCCCCGGGAAUGACUUAUACCGGUGACUGAACUUAAGAUAGUGAAGGACUGAGAAAAUACACGUCUGUCAUUAGAUGCCCUGUGAUAAUAAAAAUACUCUUCUGUUGUGAAAAUGGAACACCUGCCCCCUUUUCCACUCGAGCCCUGCCAUUCGGCUCCCGUUUUCUCGUCGCCAUAUUGAAAAACGAAAAAAACUGAAACAACCUGUCAGGGGACAAACCUAGAGUCCCUGGAAUCCCUAUCUACCCCAGGUCUUUGUAGAUUGUUGUUUCGAAAGAAAAAAAAUCUCCACUGUUAAAAUUGGCCCUCCCUUUACAAUAUUGAAUUCAACAGGGUUUCCAAAACGCUGGCACAAUCCCAGUGGGGGAGGGGGUGGUACUCAACAAGUUUUAUACGGGGAGGCUCCCGCCCUAGCUCCAACCCCUUGCCCAUUUAUAAACCAUUUUUCACGAAAAAGGUUCCCUUUUCAUAUACUUUGUAUUUACAAAUGGUACCCAUUUCUUUUACCAAGUUUAUUAGAUUUUUUUCAUCCCUUUUAACUGCUGUGAAUGCAAUGUCUUUUAAAAUGAAUCAAUCACUGCAAAAUCAGAACUUUUUAACGCCAUAAAUUUAUCUUUUAGCCCUUUUGGGCCUUUUUACAGUCCAAAAUGACAGAUUUCUCUACUCUUUCUUAUAUUUCAACUAGUGAAAUCCCUGUACUUUUUCAUAUACCUGAAGGUAGCCAUUUGGGCCCCCGGCCCCGUAAGGGCCCAUUAUAUAGGGAGUAGCUCUCUCCUUAAAACACAGUUUGAAGAAUAUUUCUUCCAGGCAUUUUUAGUUUGUUAGAAUUGAAUGGUCUUUGAGUGCAAGAUAAUUGGGGCAAUCUUCUUAGUUCUUAAGAGCAGUUGUCUGUAAGAUUCGAGCUAUAUUAAAAAGGCGCUGCCACACUAUCUCACCGAAUUGGCUAAAAAUUGGCAUGUAGACUUGAUUUGAGGUCUUUAAUAAGGAAUAGGUAACUUUAGGUUCUAAUUCCUCCUACUUCGGAAAUUAUCGACAUGGCCGGUUUUUGGGUGCCUCGGACCGGCGCCAUAUUGGUUAAUAGAAGCUGCUUUUGGGCCUUCGACUACAACCCUGUCUUCAAAGCUAAUCUUCCUUUGCCAAUACAGAUUGAAAGAACAAUCCCUCUUUAUUGUAUUUUUAGAAACUACUUCGAAAUUGAUAACGUUUUCGAAACGAUCGAUUGAACUUUUGGUGGGUAUACUUUUUGAAUUUUUUACACCAGCAAAAUUAACAGAAUUUUAAAGGCGUAUAUCUCUUUUGCCACAUCGCAUUGAAGCUUGCCAAUCUGCCUGAAUACUCACUGUUUGUAGUUAAAUCGAGUUCAUUAAUAAAAAAAUUGGGCAAAUUUAACGGAGCAGAAACAAAAGUAAUGAAUGGAAGACUGUUCUAGCGACUUUGUCAAUAAUCUGUACACCGAAUACUCGCCAGGUGCUGCCAAAAUUACAAUCGAUAAUAGAGUUUCUGUCAUUAAAUCUGAGUGAUCUGUGUAAUAAAAUUAGCCUCUGUAAUAUAAUCGAUAACUCUGCUGCGAAAAACAGUAUAAAAAAAGGCAGAUUGUAUAAGGAAAAGGAAAAUGAAUUUGUUAUGUUUACGCUAUGACGCGUAAACAAAAUUCAACCAUCACAGUCGAACUGGAAUUUUCCUGAUUUUCCUCUAGUUCCUUUACCGAAACCAGAGCUUUUAAAAUUAACCAUAGUAAUGAAAAUUGAGAUGUAUUACCUUACUCGACGACAAAGUUGCCAGUUUCCACCUUGAUCGAAAAAAAGUAAUAUUUUCCCACGCAUAUCGCGGAUCGUCACGUUCCUUGCCUGGCGUUACAACUCACGUGAAACCGCCUGGUUUCAAACAACUGAACUGAAGAAUCCGUGAAAAUCUUAGCCAGGCAAUAAAUAAUGGAAGUUGAUAUAAGUUAUCAUUAUUAGUGAGCAAGGAUCGAUGCGAUGAUAGUUCCAGCUACAUGUGUUUACAGCGUUUGAAGAUUUACUCAAAACUCAUGAGACAUGAGCCCUUGAAAUAAACAUGAUUACUUCCGGUUUUAAAAAUUGGGCGUUGGCAAAGUAAUGAAUAGACUCAUUCUACCUUGUACACCGUUAACAACGGUUCCGUGUACAAUUUUCAGGUGUUUUGUCUCAAUCACGAAGCCCGUUUUGAGGAGAUUCUUGAUAAACAGAAAAAUUGGUUUGGAAGGGGUUAAGAAGAAUGAGGGAUGAGCCCGGGGCAGCAAAAACCACAGUCACCCCACCGAAGGGCUUUAAAACUGUGCGCAAAUGCCUCACCCUAGGGACAAUUCCAGAUUUUUGUUUCCUUGAAAAAGCUUAAAAUCGCUAGACAAUGCAUGGACAACUCAAGACAGUCCUAAUUCAAAAUAAAGUAAACAGCAAAGAAAAUUCAGUUAGAGACCAGAGUGUUUAUCCGAUAUCGCGAACAAUAAGGAGUGAUUGAAUAUGUGUCUGCAGUUUAAGGUAAAAUCAUUUACCAUGCUCACGGACCUUUCGACAACAUAAGUGUGCCGAUUGACGUAAUAUCAGUGGUAAAAAACGAACGCUUUUCACUGUAGGACGAUGACGUCAUCAUACAAAAGGCGUCUUCACUCUGGCAUCCAGAAUUUCAAACAGUCAAAACCUAAUUUUCUCUGCUCGUCAAAUGAAAAACGCCUCUGACGGCACGUAGUGGUAAUAUGCUUGUUAGUAAGACGUCCAACAUAAGGAGACAUUCAUAAUCAACUCGGUUAAUGCAUUGAUAAAGGGAAACUUUCUCCUUUACCCUUAGGGACAGAGUUCAAAGGCGCAAAAGAUUUUUAGUUCAGCUCUAGCAUGUGUUGUCCAGCGAUUUGCCUUGAGUUUCUCUAAAUUUUCCAGAUGAGCACAAGCUGUGCCCAUCGUACAUAAUCUUGUCUGGGCUCCCUUGAAAAAUUGCAAUUCAUCAGAUGCCUUCAAGUUCAUCCUCCGCCGCGACAACUUCGUGAUCUAUUGUAAUGGGUGGUUUUCUGGAACUAUCCUAUGGCUUGUCCUUUCUGGUCGUCACUAUAUUAGCGAACAUGUUUCAAUUUCUCUCCAGCAAAAGUCUCUAUCAGGAGCGUAGCCAGGACUUUCCAGGUGUGCGGAAAAUUUCCAAAACUUACCCUAACAUCUUACUCAGUUCUCUCGCAACGUUUCCCCACUACAUUUGCUAAUUCUGUUAACUAGGUGAGGUUAUGCGUGGAUGAAAUGGCACUUGCAAUCGGUGAGAAAAUUAGGUUAGACACUUUACCCUCAUAAAAAGGACGACUCUCACGUUUUGCUAACACUUUCUACCUUAGAAGAGAUAAGUGAAGCUUUGCCUUCCCACUCCGUGUAAAAAAUGUCGUUCGGCUGUUCAAACUACUUUUAGAAAACAACAAACUUCCCAACUUUAAUUUUUAAUAAAGGUAUAAGGGUAGGAAUCCAAAUUGUUUUGGAGUAUUUCACUGAUUUUAACACGAUGAUUGUAAAGUAGUGUCUAGUGAGUACGGGGGCUAAUGCCCCAUCGUAAAAAUCUGAAAUUGAAAACAAAAAUCUUGUAUAACCGAGUAGUACACAAUUUAAGUUAUUUUAUUGAGUUGUGAAAAAUCACAAAUUUGUUUCUUCUUGAAUGUGUUAUACUCUCAUCCAUUCAGUCUUUCCGAUAUGUCCGUCGGAUAGCGGAAGUUAACGUAAAUGAUCGAUUACCUGAAAAGAAGCUACCAUCCUAACUUUCCACCUUCGGGUCUUUUCCCUAGCCAUAAUUUUUUUCCCUCAAGGAAUUUUUCUCUGUUUUACAUAAUAAUUGGUCUUGCAUUCAGCUUAUCGAUUUUGAGAGCCUAGUCCUAUGCCGUAUUCUGAUGCGAUCUACUUUAUGUAGCUUUCCCCCCAUCUAACAGCUCCUUACUGAACAAAAACGGCUUUAAUUGAGUCUAUUCAAAGAACUAGCCAAUAUUUUUCCAGCGGUAAGCACAAUGUUCCUAAUUCUCCCUAGUCCCCUUCUUAGAUCCUGUUUACAUGGAGUGGGGGACCCCGGUCUAGUGGGGUAAGUUUCUUUUGUUUUGUGUCCCCCAGAGCGUGAAAACAAAAGAAACCAACCCCACCAGACCGGGGUCCCCCACUCCAUGUAAACAGGCCCUUAGACGCUUUCAUGUGCAUCAGGUGUUAAAUUUUCUUUUCAUAAGCUACAAUGCUCAUAAUCGCGCAUUCUGAUGUCAUUUAUGCUUAAAAAAUUAAAAAUUAGUUUAUCGAAGAAAGAGUGAAUUAAAGGUAUCAUGAGGCGUUUGUGAUUUCAUGAACUAUUUGACGCGGUCCUUUUCUUACGGCUUAUGUCCGUUGGUGAAAUCGCUACUUGGGUUUUCUUGGAUUGAAAAGGGCGGGCUCUUUCUAAACGUGGCGUUGUUUAUGGGACCUUAGUAUUCAGAACAGAAUCAGUCGAUGGCAAACAACGAAAAGGCUUUUAUGUGGUAAGUUACAGUGACGAACCUUGCCUCGAGAUGGUCAUAUUUUUGUACAUACCUUCAUGCAAUUCAGUGUUGGUCUGAAAAUUUUUUGUUAUGGAUGGGGGAAGGGUGGGGGGAGAGAUCAGAACAUGUACCUCGUGUUGUUUACGAGACAUUAAAGUAAUGAAAACUGUUAAACAGUCUUCUACAAAUCAAAAUAGUUGCAAAUGCUUACGGGAGGCCCUAACUAUAUGAUGAUAAGAAGGGCUAUAUUUGGAAAGGUGCAUGGUCGUGGAGUUAAGGAGAUUUGACUAAUCAACCAAUUUCCCGCUAAACAUAAGGGCGUGGCCAGUGGCUCCAAAAUUGUGUUUGCUCGCCCCGGGCUGGUUCGACUUUUGGGAUACGGUUAUGGGGUUAUAAACAAUGAGUUCAUCAUCUAUAUAGCCUACUCGCCCCAAGUGACUGCAUUUCGCUUUUCAGAGACCCAUCAGUUACUGUAUGACCCUCUCCGAUCAGAUUUUAUGUCCGUGGUACUGGUGGUGAGGUCAGUCUACAAGCAGAGUCGUGAAAAACACCGCCACUUGAGCCUUUACGUUCAAAACAUUCCUGGCUAUCGGGAAAAAAAGGAGCUUUUAAAAAUACUAAAUAAAAUGUCAUUUCAAAUAUCACUUUGUCACCGUUCGAAAAUUAUUGUGAAUCAGACCGAAUGAAAGUUCACUCAAAGAUAGAGGGGGAGGGGGGAGGGGGGUUGGUAGUUCUUAACAGUUCCAGUUAGCUAGAAAAUUAAAAAUUACGAAAAAAUAGUGGGCGAACUGCAGAAUACGUGCAAGAAUGAGAAAGGAAAUAGAAAACAACUUCCUGUUCAAAUUCGGGUGAAACGUUUAAUAGCGUCAAGAAGACUGAACUUGAUUGAGGUUGUUCAUUUCAGUUCCGUUCCAGCGUGCAGUUCCUUGUCCUCCUAAGAAUAGCUUCGUCUGCCACCGAUCAUUCCAUGUCAUAUUUUGCGGACUUAUUAUUCAGUAAUGACGGUACGAUCAGGUAAUUUGACUUGAUGAGUUCUUUAAUUUCAUUUCAUGUACUAGUUUUAUAUCUUACGCUGGAAAGAUCUGCCAAACAGUGUACAUUAGCAAAGGUAGAUUCCUGUUUACACGUGUAAUUAUCGAAUACCAUACAAUUUGCAUAAAGCUACAGUGCACGGUUGGUUUUUCUAGCCUUUUGAAUAAAAUUGACAACGUUUGCGUUAUCUUCGCCUAAGAAAAUAGGAAUUUGUAGCUGUAUACAGCGAAAUACUACAGAGAAAAUUGUAACUGUGCAGUACACGAGCGGCUCCCGAUUGGUCUGGGAAAUCGAAGAGCGAACUUGAGCUAGUACCGUGUGUAACAAAAUAUAUAAUUUUCAUUUUAGCGCAUAUUUCAAGCUCUUCGCAAGAUCAGAAUCAAAAGAUCAUCUGUUUACAUUACAAGGGAGGGUUUUUAAGCGAUAGAUAGGGUUUAAGAGGCACGAUCAAUUUUAAAGAAUUUUCUUUUCAAAUAUUCACCGAAUUUUGUUUUGAAGUUUUAGCGGCGAAGUGGCUGAACCACUGCGCAUUCAUGCAAUCAUAUUUCUGUUCCGUUGCAUUUGCCCAAUUAUUUUAUUCAACAAUCUAACUUAGCUAUAAACAAACUAUGUUUAGUUAAAAUGGCUUAGUCUAAAUCGAUGUGGCAUGGGUGAUAUUGGCCUUCCAAUUUCUACCAAAUUUGUGUACCGUUUAAGUACCGAAAAAGUGCUGUGAGAAGUUAUAGCCGUUCGUAGCUCAGGCUUAACCAUUUUCAGAUAAGAGUAGGUAAAUGAAAGGAGGAAGGAUAGUUCUUUGCAACUGUAUGAGUCACGAUUAAGUUAUUUUAAUGAUAAGGCUAGAAUUAAUUACUGUAAAUCUCCUUCAGUUCACCAACAUGGCGGCCGCUCGAGGCCUCGUCAAAACUGUCAUUCCUGUAUCUUUGAAACCAACGAGAAUUCGAACCUUAGAAUAUGCAUUCAGUAUUUAGGACACCAUUCUAAGACUACAUGCCAAAAAUCAGCCAAAUCGAUGAGGUACCGUGUCAGGCCGAGGUUCGAAUUUUACAGAAAAUCACUCUUAAAGACCUCUAUCGGGAUAAAAACGCAAAAGUGAAAAAUUUUACGUACCUCCAGGCUUUUUGCCAUCCAGGAUGAAUAUGUCCCCACACACCAACGCCCAAACGCUUUUGCACCCUCGCCGCUUUAAACAUCAAUUUAUUAGCUGAACAAAAGUUGAAAGUUUCAAAACACAUCAGACAAGAGAUAUUCGGCAGGGUAUCAGGCUCCAGUAUUCGGUCUGUUCGCCCCUUGUCUUUCCCCGCCCCUCCCCUGCUAACAAGCGCCUGAAAAUGAGUGACCUUGGGUGACCUUAGUCCUGAUUUCGGUGUACCUUGGUGGGUCGCGGUUGGUACAUCAUGGCGAAACAGUUGAUUAGGGCUCUGUUCGUAUACAGUUUGGCUUUGUUUUAUGGCUUUAUGGUAUGUUUUUUUCUGUUGUUGACUGCUAUUAGGAACCUUGAAAUACCGAGAAGAGGAAAGCGACGAGAAAAACGUAAGUAUAAACGAUCGGUAAUGCACCGGUGAAAACUCGGCCAGGUCGAUUCAUCUUGUCUGUUGUGCUUUGUUUCUUUAGUUAAUUCGGUCAUCUUUUUGCGUUUGAUAGUGCUCACUACAGCAGGGACUCUUCGAAACAUUAGCUUUACAUCAAUUAAUGAGAAAGCUGGCAAAAUUGCUUCUCCAUCCAGAGCACAUUAUUUUUAAAGCGGCACGUGGAGAAGAAAGCGAACUGUUAGCUAAGCUUAAGCUUAUGUAUACAAGCUCAUUUUGGGCGACUACAAACUGGUUUUCGUAAUGACCAUAAAAAACCCAUGUCAUUAUUUUUCUCUGUGAUGAUUAGUUUGUGGUUAUUUUAUAUUUUUAAUACCAUUCUUUGUUUUCGAUUCAUUGACUGUCCAAAGAACUGCUAUGAAGGACGCCGUGUGAAUAAACAAAUCGAACAAGUAAACACAAGUGAAAUACUUUUUUACUAUGCGUAACCGUGAAAUGUUAUUCCCUGUAUUUGAACAGUGACUUCUGCUAUUGCAGGAUAACGCGCCAAUCAAUUUGAAACUUCACCAUCCAACACCCCAACCCCCACCCCCGCCAGGGCAACCUCUGGGGCAUUUGAACUUUUUAAAGGGACAGGUUCACGGUAUUGUGCAUGUGUGAGUCUGACAGUACCUGAUUGUUUUUUUAAAAACCAAUCGGAAGCGAGUUGGAUGCACGCAGGGAAAUUUACGGAGGAGUAUUUCUGGACAUUUGGUUCGAUUUUAUUUGUCCCCAUAAUUCAUAUUCUUCGCUAUUCCUCAGAUAUGUUUUGCAGCCAGUAAGAAUAAGAUUUACAGCCCUGUCCUGCUCUGAAACAAACAUUUACCUACGUGUAUUUUUAUGAGGUCUUUUACAUACUCACGCUAACAAAGCAGUCACCAAUUGGCAAACAAAAUUUGUAAACAGACCUAAAGAAUAAUUAAUUAAAAAUUAUUAUCGUGCCUUUUCCUUGCCUUUUCCUGCCUUUUCUCUCUGUUUGCCCUAUAUAAACCUAGAAAUACCUGCAAAUAGCACCUGACCGAUGACAAAAACACACAGCGUAUGAGUAUAAAGAUUAUCCUAAAUUGAGCUUAAAUUUCAAUUGCUUAUCAGCAAAUGAACAGAUAGAUCAGCUAAGCUUCUCUAUCUCCAAAGACUCUUGAGAACGUCCUGUUACCGGGUGCUUGUGACGUCGCUUCUGAGACUCCAUUCACAAAAUUGAUUCCAAAAACAAAACAACACUCUUGAGUACUUUAGAAAUAGCAGACUUCACUUGCUUACGUAGAGCUAUGGAUGAGCGAAUUUAAAGGCAGAUUCCUGGAUUCCUUGGAUUUGCGGUUGAUACCUUCUUUGUAUUUAGUGUUGGCCUGUAUGUUUUAUUCUGGAAGCUGUCUUGACACACAUGCGCAUUACCAUAAACUCUCCACUUUAAGACAGGCCUGGUCAAUGCAGUGUUGAAAUACCACACUACUGCAUGGCAGGCGUUUGAAGGGAAAAGGGAUUCUAGGCAGGAGAGAAAUGUGAAGGGGGGGGGAAUGGGGAGUGAGGGUGGGAGAGGCCUGCAAGGAGGCCGUUAUUUUCAUGUUAUAAACAUCCACCAGACAAUUGUUAAAAUCCUAAUAGGUCAGUUUUCAAAACAUGUCAAUUACGGCCGAUACUUAAUCCGAUUGGUUGAAAUUAACAUAACGGCCGAUAUUUCAGUAAUCAUUUAAAAAUAUGUUGUUAGUGAAUUGUAAUGAGAUUUCUGUACAGAAUUCAUUGUUAGAACAAGAUGCCUAUAGUCUUUUCCGUGGGAUGCUUUGGUCUAUGGAAGCAUAAUGGCAUUCUAUCUGAAUUUGGAAAAAUUAGGGAAACCGGAAAGAUGUGUCAUGUUAUGAGCAUCGAUGAGUAGGUUACCAGUAUGGGUUGGUUUAAUGUGCUUAUGACUGAAUUUAUAGUAGCCUGCGUGGCAGGCUACUAUUUCUCCCCAAUCCACAUCCCCUUUUUGCUUUCUCCCUAUCCCCUACCUCUUUCGACACCUGCUACGCAAGCUAAAUUUAUAGUUGUCAGUGGUCGCAAGGAUGGAGUUGAUCUUGUUUUGAUCUAUAGCUAUGUAAUUAUUUUCGUAGCACGAUUUGGAUAAGAAAAAAAGGCUAUUUUGCAUCAAAACAAGGUUUACCCGUGUAACUUAAAUUGGAAUGUUAACGGAAACAAGUAAUGGAGAACAUGCGCAUAAUGCUCUCUGAUUAACCUGAACAUGAACUAUAUGUAUAAAGAUACGUCAAGUAUAGGUUAAUGGAACAAAACAAAACAAAACAUCCGCUUGCUUUAUCCAGGGUCGAACCCAGGGUUACAAAGUUCAAUAAAGUUCCAAUGUUUUAAUCCAAGAUGAAAGUUAAAUAUUCCAAGAUGCUCUUGAUAUGGUUAAAAAUUAAUUGCAAUGUGUUUCCAAGGUCUCAAAGUUAACAUAGUUCCAAUGAUUAUCCCUGAUUCCAACUGGUAUAAUAAGUUUACUAAGGUCCUGAUCCGUGUCCCAUCCAGAAGACCAAUCCAUGCCGAAAGCGAGUCGUCGAUUGACGAGGACAAUAUUUGUGCGAUUUCACCGCCAAUCGUCGAGAGUACAAGUUGAAAUUUAUGCGAUGUAACCUCCCAUUGUCAAGGUGUUUUCGAUAAGAAUAGAAAAAAACUGAACUCUAGCUGUGCUCGGCAAAAACUGGCGAACUCCGAAUAGAAAAAUCUAUUGGAAAUCACAGCCUGCAACAAGACGCUACUAAAACCUUAUGAAAAAGAUAGACCUAAACAACAAAAGAAUCAUGAGGGGAAGAAAUAAUUUGGCUUAGGUCGCCUUUCGUGACUUGCCAGUAUCCUGAAGGAUUUCGCUGGUUAACAAGCCAUCCUAAACCAUGAGUGGGAAAACUCAAGGGCGACAAAUCUGGCAAGGAACGUUCUGAUUUCAACGUUCUUCAGAGGAAGCAAAUCAAUUAAAAAUCGAUACAGAUUUUGUACAAUCUGAUUGGUCGGCUUGGAAGAAGAGAUAAUCGAUAAAUAUUUUAGACAAUCCUUUUGGCUGGCUUUGCAAUUUGUUCGUACAAUGAAACAUUCUGAAACGUUCUUCAGAGGAAGCAAGUUGAUCAAAAAUUGAUAAAGGUUUUGUGCAAUCCCAUUGGUCGACUUGGAAGAAGAAAUAAUUGAUAAAAAUUUUACGCAAUCCUGUUCGCUGGCUUUGCAAUUUUGGGUACAACCAAACCGGAUUUUUACUGUGGGAGUGCCACAGGCAUCCCACGGAAUUAGAAACUGAAGGCAUCAAUCUCAGUUUAUUUGCUUUCUUCUAUUAUUUAAAGAACCAUAAUUAUAUAAAGGAAAAGACCUGUCAGCUAGAUGAGUUUUACUGACUGUUUUUGAGACCACAAAUGCCUGUCAUAUAGGCUAUGCCUUAUCAAUGAAUCUGAAGUUUAACAGCUGCUAAAGGAUUCUGCUUUGCAUAUUCUUGCUUUCCAUAUAUGAAUUAUUUAUUUAUUUAUUUUUUCUUUUCAACUGUAAAUAUUUGAUUUUAUUGCUGUACAUAUAUAUCUUUUUAUUUCAUAGGUUCCUCAAAGCUUUAUAGCUAAAGUACCUGACACUUAAAUAGAGUUUAUUAUUAUUAUUAUAUAAUUAUUCAUUAAUGAAAUCAUGGGGGUUAUAUGCUUGACCUGGCUUGACUGUUAAAGAGUUGAUGUUUUCAUUUCUCUACAGCUCCUGCAUGCCUUCUUGACCCUGAGCUUGGUGAACACCAUUUCCUGAGAACAGCAUCAAAUAUCAGGAUCCAUUAUGUUGCUAAAGGAGACACAGGCAAACCACUUAUGCUCCCUUGUAAAAAUUUAUUAGCGAUCGCGCCGCGAUCGCGGCGCGAUCGCUGUCAAAAUCGCGUAGCGUUUUUGGCCGGAUUUCGCGGCGCGAUCGCUGCGUUAUUCGCGGAGCGAUGGGAGCGAUCGCGGCGCGAUCGCUGUCAUCAAUCGCUUAGCGUUUUUGGCCGGAUUUCGCGGCGCGAUGAGAGCGAUCGCUGAGCGAUCGCUGUCGUCGAUCGCUUAGCGUUUUUGGCCGGAUUUCGCGGCGCGAUGAGAGCGAUCGCUGAGCGAUCGCUGUCGUCGAUCGCUUAGCGUUUUUGGCCGGAUUUCGCGGCGCGAUGAGAGCGAUCGCUGAGCGAUCGCUGUCGUCGAUCGCUUAGCGUUUUUGGCCGGAUUUCGCGGCGCGAUGAGAGCGAUCGCUGAGCGAUCGCUGUCAUCAAUCGCUCAGCGUUUUUGGCCGGAUUUCGCGGCGCGAUGAGAGCGAUCGCGCCGCGAUCGCUGUCAUUAAUCGCUUAGCGUUUUUGGCCGAAUUUCGCGGCGAGAUGGCAGUGAUCGCUCAGCGAUCGCUGUUCUCGAUCGCUUAGCGUUUUUGACCGAAGUUCGCGGCGCGAUUGGAGCAAUCGCACCGCGAUCGCUGUCAUUGAUCGCAGAUGGUUUUCGGCCGAAUUUCUCGUUGCGAUUACGGUCCGAACGAAAAAGACAUAAAUGAGUAUUUCUUAUCUCAGAAGAAGAGUAGUGAGCUGAAAUUUGUCCUGAAAGUUGCAGUAACAUUUUACUAACUUGUGACAAACGGAGAGCUUCUGAGCUUUGCCGAAAAUCGUGCAUCAUAGAAAAUGACCGCUCCGUUUGAGAAGCUCCUGGUCCGGCCAGUGAUUCCGGCCACUUUGGCUACUUUAAUUGGAAGCCGACAUCAAAAGUGCGUUAAAAGAAACCUUCCAAGCACCAUCUGAUCUAAAUUCCUGUAUAAUUUUUAUAGGCUGCUCACUUAAAAUUCGAAACCAAACUGAGAUUUCUGUGUAAAGAGCUAACGUUUGGUCUCUCGAAGAAACUAAACCGUGAAAAGGUCAAUUCGCCACCAUUUUAAAUGAAUUCAAUCAAAGUUUAGAGGGAAAAAAUAUUUGUCGUCGCUUGUUUACGUCCUCAAGAAACACCUCCCAUCACCAAAAUGUUGUAAGACCCUGUUUAAGUCAGUGGGGUAAGUUUCUUUUGUUUUGCGACCGAAAAGCGUGAAAACAAAAGUCAUAAUGCCCCACCCAUGUAAGUCAUGCCGCGACCGAAAAGGACGUGCAGGACGUGCAGAGUAAUGUUUUCCUUGUUAGGCCAUUGCUUGCCAAGUUUUUGACUUUGCUAAAUGCUACAGCUCCCAAAUGAAAUAUAAGUUUCAUUUUAUGGCCUUCUAUACCACUGCUUAAUAAAUAAAGUGCAGUGUUACUGGGAAAUUUUCAAACAGGCUUUCCCUUUUCAAUCACUAUUUGGCUAGUUUGGCCGGACCAAGGACAUAGUACGCAAAAUUUAUUUUGGAAUAUUAUCUAAACUUUGGUUUUAAAAUUCAACCAGUCGACGGAAUUUUUUUUUUUUUUGCAAAUCGAAAGAACAUUUCUUGUACGCCGUGUACACCAAAAAUUAGCUUUCUUAACACUUAAUUGCAUACCUGAACUAAAAAAAUGCAUACAAGUAAUUUAAGGCGCCAUAAAAAGCAAAAAUAACAGAACAAAAUUCACCUACGACAAUCGAGCUUCAGAAGGCAAACAGAUCAAUAAAAAUCGGAAAGUUUCGUUUGUAGUUUAACCUUAUUUUCUUCCCGAAAAUUACGUACAUCACAAAUUAAAACGGGCCGGAACUUAUCCGAACUUAUCUAGGAAAGAUCGAAGCUACUCAGUCUGCAAGCAGGGUAGUAUAAAUCAUGUCAAGAUAAAGCUAAAUUUUCAACUUAAACGGAUCUAAAUAGGGAAUGAAUUUUCAAAAGAAAGGUCUUAUGUGAGAGUUCAGUGAAUCGUGUUUUUUUAUUUUUAGCUAAGUGUGAGCAGAGUAAAACGUUUUAUAUCCUGAAGUAUUGAGAUAAUGAAACCGCCUAUAUGCAUUGACUUCUUUUCUUUUGAUCCACUUGUCCAUGUCUUCAGAUAGGUUCAUCCUAUUAGGGAUAAAAAUAUUUUUUCUUUUUUCCUCACGCUAAUGAUAUGUUUCAUGUUCAUUUACCGUGCUUAAAUAUUCUCACCGAAAUUCUCCAUACUUCUUUAUUAAGCCAAUUUAAUGUGACGUCCCACAUGUUUUGUCUUCAGCCUAAACGUUAACUUUGAAAUUUACAUAAUGUACAAACUGAGUACUCACAACUGUUGUCUUUGCCAGAUUAAUUGUUGCUGCAGAAUAUUCAAGAGGCCAUCAUGGCUCUUGGUAUAUUGCCAUGUUUAUGCCCCACAGUACGUCCAGAGCGGUUUUCCUGUUUAGAAAUUAAAACCAGUUAACCAAGAGAGUUAUUCCCGAAAUUAGAGUAUUGAAAUAUUCAAAUUAAGACAAAUCACUGAGUUGUCCAGCUCAAGUAGCUUAAGACUUACACCCCUCGAAGGAUAUAAAAAAUGAGCUAAAAACGAAGGCCCCAAAAUCAGAAGUUUUGCUUUCUCGAACUAUUAAAAGGUAGCUCGAAUUUUUUUUAGCUUUUGUUUGUUUGAGAAGCCUAAUAAAAAGGCUAACCUUAAUUGUGUUAUAAACUACGAAAAGUGCCGGAAAGGAUAAAAUCGACAACACCGAAUGAAUAUCAAGCUUAACCUUAAUUAGGUUUAAAAUUAAACUUAGUGAUAAUAAGAAGUGAGUAGACUUACCUUUUUAAGUAUGUUUCUUUGUUUGAACUUUCAACAUGUCAAAAGAAUCAUGAAGAAAAAUUUUCCAAUGUUUAAACAGCAAUAAACGGCCAUUGCCAAUUGCAUGACAAGUGAAAUUGAGAGCAAUUUUCUUUUUCAAGGUACGCGUCAGCCUUGAAUCUUGGCCACCCGCGUCGCAGUGGCGGGAAAUCGGAUCUUGGAAUCCAGUCCCCAAGGGCGCGAUCCAUUCAACCAAAAUUUCCGGAAUAUUUCGGUCCAAAACUCAAUGGAUCGGUUCGGUCCAACCGGAAAAGUUUCGAAAAAACGGGUCCACCUUUUUAGGUGGACCAAUUUUCCCGGUCGGACAGGUUGGAAUUUUGGUUGAAUGGAUCGCACCCCAAUACUCUGCAUUAAACCGUCACGUACAUGCAGGAUUCAUUUCUGUUAUUAAGGACCAUUAAGUAAAAAUCAUGUUGAUUACAUCCUUAUAUACAGCAGCUUAAGGCCUGGAGCGUAACAGAAAUUCAUCCUUGGGCUUAAAAUGACUCAAUUAGAGGUGAGCGAGAAAAGGUUUCCUAGCUUUUUGCUAAUGUAACUCUGGUCAAAAACACAAGGAAAACCGUGCCUUCUCUAGAAACCGAUAAAGUUCUAACAAACUGAAAAUGACUGUUAUUAUAAACUUAUAGUUUUUCCGAAUGUUCGACGUCCCGAUAUUGAUAUAUUUCUGUAGUCUUUUAGUUACUUAACUUUCCAGUGUUUUAUUAUAAUAUUAUUACUAUUUUGCCUGCCCUAAUAAUUUUCACAAUCGCAAGUUUUGAAGAACAACAUAAUGGAAUAUAAAAAUAAAAUAAUAUGCCCGGCAGCCGGGAAGGGUCUAAGCUGCACGGCAGUCAGAAUGUUUUUUUUUGAUUUUCUUCAAAAUCUUUUUUCUAAAUAUAAUCGUUUGAAAGUAUUAUAUCUUCGUUUAGAAUUACCAAGGGAUUAGGAAAACAGGAAUGGCUUAGCAGUAGAGCGUUUGUGGUUUCUUGGGCAUAGAGCCUGAGAGUCGACGCCGUUUCGACACUUAGAAACAUUCGAGACUCACGAGUACGUUUUCGCACAGGCUAAAUAUCCGGCAGUUUGAAAGCCAUCUGGAAAGUUAGAAAGCCUGUUAGUAAGCCAAAGGAUGCAUACUGGCCUCGAUUAGUUUUUUAAAGCAAUAACGAAAAUAUUAAGUGCUUUCAUUAUGAAACCUUAGAGUCAAUGCACUGUGUGAAUCAACUAACGUGUGGAAAAAAAGGGUGCAAAGGCAAAUGCAGUGCGAAUUACGGCCCAUAACGAACGGGAAAGGCGGUCCCUGAUAACACCAAAUUAAAUAUAGCCAGUUAUAAAAAAAACAACUAACGAGUCACGAACGAUAAGGAAUAACAAGACGAGCUAGUAACCAGACUAAAAGGGGCGUGAAAGACGUGAGAGCUCAAACAGAAUAAUAACCAUACGACUAACUUAUAACAGAAAUCGCGACGAUAACUGUGAUCCUCGGUUAUCUCCUUCGCGAUGUAAAUGGCACUGAGAUUGCGGACGCGAACUUAAUUAGAAUUGAUCGUGAUCACCACCUGGCGAUCGCGAUUACUGCACCACGAUCGCGAGCAAUAUGGCACUCGACGAUCGCCGAUUACAACUUAACUAAAUCGCACCGCGAUCACAAUCACCGCUUCGCAGUAAGUACAAUGCCCCUGCGAUCGCGAUUACCAAACCGGGAUCGUAGUCCUGACAUAUAAAUCACGGAUUUGACUUUACUAAAUCAAGCCGCGAUAAGUACAAUGUCGCUGCCAUCGCGGAUACUAUUUUUCAAAAUUGCACGACCCCAUCAGCUGCUUAGCGUUUAAUAUCAUCGAGCUAAAAUAAAAACUGUCUGUCUUCGCGAUCGCAAUCAUCUCCCUACGAUCACGAUCAUUCCGCUGAGAUCGCUAUAACUUCGCCACGAUCGCUCUAUCUUCACCAUCCUGACCCUGAGAUCGCGGAUAAUAUUUUUUCUGAAUCGCGCCGCGAUCGUAAUCUUCUUCCUGCGAUCACGAUCAUCGGGCUGAGAUCGUUAUAACUCCGCCGCGAUCGCAAUUUCAUCGCCAGCAUCGCAAUCCUAACCUUGGGAUCGCAGAUACGACUUUUCAAAAUUGCGCCGCGAUCGCGAUCAUCUUCCCGCGAUCACGAUCAUCACGUUGAGAUCGCUAUAACUUCGCCGCGAUCGCUCUAUCUUCCCCGCGAUCACGUUCACCACGCCGCGAUAAGUACAAUACCGCUGCGAUCGCGAUUUCAUCGCCAGGAUCGCAAUCCUGACUCUGAUAUCGCGGAUAAUAUUUUUCUGAAUCGCGCCGCGAUCGUAAUCUUCUUCCUGCGAUCACGAUCAUCGUUCUGAGAUCGUUAAAACUUCGCCGCGAUCGCGAUUUCAUCGCCAGCAUCGCAAUCCUGACCUUGGGAUCGCAGAUACGAUUUUUCAAAAUUGCGCCGCGAUCGCGAUCAUCUUCCCGCAAUAGAGAUCAUCGCGUUGAGAUCGCUAUAACUUCGCCGCGAUCGCGAUCAUCGCGUCGCUAUUGCAAGCGCGAUUUACUUCAAUUGCAUCGCGAUCGCUGAUAUCGCGCCGCGAUCAAAAUCAUCGCGCCGCGAUCAAAAUCAUCGCGCCGCGAUCGCGAUCACCGCGUCGCGAUCGCGAUCACCGCGUCGCGAUCGCGAUCAUCGCAUCGCGAUCGCGAUCACCGCGCCGCGAUCGCUAUAACCUCGCCGCGAUCGCGAUCACCGCGUCGCUAUCGCGGGCGCGAUUAAUCUAAAUCGCGCCGCGAUAUGCACAAUCGCGCCGCGAUCGCUGCCAUCGCUCCGCGAUCGCGGUCAUCGCGGCGCGAUCGCGGCGCGAUCGCUAAUAAAUUUUUACAAGGGUCGACUGUAUACAUGGGUUCCCUGAGGUAACGUACACACUUUGCUACUGUUUUAUUAUUUUUACUAUCAUUGCAGCAGAUGUGUUUGUAAACCAAAGCCAUGAAAAAGUUUAAAUCAUCCUGCCAUCUGGAUCUAGAAGUACAAGGGUUUGUUAUGUGAUCAUUAAAUUUUAUUGAUGAAGUUUACCAUACCCUAAGAGAAACAAAAAACGCAUUGAGAGGACUUACUCCAAAAUAUCAUAAGAAAAAAAUUAGAAUAGAAAUAGUAAUUAGUCAAAAGCAGCAGCAAAACAAAGAAGAUAUUUAAGGAAUGCUAACAAAUGGAAUUUACAUAUUUAGGUAUUUUAAAAUAUCUUCAAUUCAGAUAUAAAAGACUGGACAUGACAAAAUAAAUCAUUAUUUUCUUCUGGAGACAGUAAUUAUAAUUUGUACUGCUUUAGACACAGAAGACCAUCUGUUAGUAAGGGCUAACAAGGGUAAACAUGCAAAUAAAAGUUGCCUGAUGAUUGCUUCGCAAGAGACAUGAAACUUUGAGUAACUUUGAUGAAUUUAAGUAUACUAGGUAAUACGGACUUCAAGUUACAAGAUUUGUAAAACGUUUGACUUUUAUUAAAUAGAAAGGCGUGUAAAUAGGUGCUCGGUGCAUGCGAUAUUUGUAGUUUAAGUAAGUAAGUAAGUAAACAUGUAAACAUGUAAACAUGUCAUUAAUGAACUCCCAGCUCUUGUUAAUUAAAUGGAAACAAGGAAGUUUUAAUUCUUGGUUUUUAUCUUGAAAUCUUUUUUUUUUUAGAAUAACGUGGUCAAAAAUGAGGGUGCGUAUUAUACACGGGCGCGCAUUAUACACGGGUAAAUACAGUAGCAAUAAAUGUUCAAGAUUUAAUUCAGUUCCAUCAGUCUACUUGUAAGUAUAUUUUGUAAUUUAUUAGCACAUGUAGAGCCAUUUUUCAUGGAAAUACUGUUAAUAAACCAUUAUUAUUGUUAUUAUUAUUAUUAUUUUAUUAUUAUUAUUAUUAUUAUUAUUAUUAAUACAAAGAAGUAGCUAGAAAAUAUUAUGCAUUGAAAACCAAUGACCCUGUUUUAAAAUCACUUUGCAGUUUUGGUAUUCCUGGCGAUAUCAGCUGAAAGCUGUUAGUGAUAAUUUCAGAAUGGUUGCCUUGGAUUUGAGGUACUGUAAAAAGUUUAACCCAUUCGCUCCUGGAGAUUUUGCCGAAAAACGCGUUUUGAAGCUAGUCGAGUGGUUUUCUGGUCACUGUCGUGCUAUAAAGAGCUAAAACUUACCACAAACCGGUUUACAGGUUGUACACUUGGUGGCCUUUUGAUCCAGAUGCAAAAUAUCAGCUUACGAAGCUCGGGCAUGCGCAGAAAGCAAAAUUUCGACAUAGUUUUUGGGUUUAAAAGUGACACAGCAGUCUUGACUUUUACUUUUCGCUUUCUCUCCUCCCUUCUUUUUUCGCUUUUCUUGCCUCAUUUUUUUGGUCUCUUGCUGGGCAUUUAGUAGGCUUCAUUUUGGUGGGAAGAGUUUUUAGGAAAGCUUUUAGGAUCUUAGGAUUAGGUGAAAGGAAAGGUAGGUGGGUAAUGGAACAAGAUUUUCAUGGAGAUUUUCAGGUCCUUGUCACGUGGUUUUUUGCUUCUUCCUCCGGUGUCCUUGACUGAAUUGUGCUCAUUCUGGUAUGGUUUGAAAGAUCUCUUCACCCUGCACAAGUUAGUGAAGAAAGUUGUCCUUGACCGUUAAAACUGAUGACGUCACAAAGGGUAGAAAGGACCUGGAUCCGCACGGGCGGUUAUGGGCGGUUCAGGGGCGAAUGGGUUAAGAAGGAUUUGUAAAAUACAAAUUGCAAGUAGCCAAACUGUAUUAUGCACAGCUGCUACAACUGUAAAACAUAUCUGAGUAAUAAUAAGUUACACAACAAAAUGUGGGAUUUUUGUCCAGUUAGCUAACUUAUUUUUGGUAUCCUUGAGACUGACAGAAAUUAUAGCUCAGUCACAUGGUAAUUUAAUUCAAAACUGUUGAAUAUGCCCAUCUCCUAUCCCAUUCUCAGCAGUUUAUUUUGAUUUCAUGAAAAACAAAAUUAGAGAAUUUUUAAAAAGCUAAAUCUUACAGCAGUAUUUUGUAUUUAAGGGGCUAUGGUGAAAGUGACAGUCCUAAAGGGCGAGAACACUACAAGACGUCAUUAUUGAUUAAUGACAUUAAAGAAAUUGUAAGUGCACUUACAUGUAUUGCUGAAACAGCAGAUUGAGUAUGCACCUUGUAAACUUUGUUAUAAAAUAUUUUGUAGAUUCAAAGGACACUUUUAAAUUAAACAUCAUAGUCUAGAAGAUUUUUGUAAAAAGAUCACAAAUUCAAAAAAACACAAAACAAAACAAAGCAAAAAUUAAAUAAAUAAGAAUUAAAUUUUUUUCGUCAAUGUCUGGACAGCUUUAAGUACAUGUUGUCCAAUCCAGAAAUAAGGGCUAUAAUAUUUUAUUAUACUGUGUUGCAAAGGAGGUCAUCAGAGUUUCCUUGCAGCUGGGAAAAUAAAAUUUUUAUUUUUUUUUAUAUCAAUACCAGUAAUGUAUAUGAUUGAUAAUGUGAGCUCAGAAAAGAUAUUAAUACAAUUUAUUAAUUUAUUUAUAGAUUGAGGCACUUGAUUACAAAUCUUGCACUUUGCUGAGUCAUGACUGGGGUGGAGCUUUGGCAUGGUAAGGUGGCCACUGUACCAUAAUAUAAUCUCACAGACACUUGCCCAUUAGACAGAAGUUAUCAAGCCAAUUCCUCUAACUCAUGCUUGUGGAUGCCAUCUUUCUGAGUGACAGUAAUGACCCUUCUUGAGAAGUGUUGAUAUAACCUGUCAAUUCUGAACAAACAGAAGGUAUACCAGGAGCUGGUAUACUAGAACAAGUCUUGUAAACAAAUGCUUACAGGCUCUGCCGCCCUUCCCCACCCCAGUUUCCUUCUGUUUUAUUUUCGUGUUUGCCCUUUUUCAAUUUUGCUGACCUGACUAUCUCAGAGCCUGAAACAGGCUAGCCUCCCAUGCAGAUAUUCUUAGGGGUUCAUUACAUGUUCCUGCCCCACUAACCUGUGAUAAACCCCUAAGAACAUUUACGUGGGAGGCUAGGAAUAGCUACUGCAGUGAAGGCAUGGUAUUCAGGGAAGCAAGAGCUUAUUAUGUCCAUCAGUCAUAUUAUCCUUGAUUUUAAAAGCAUAAGAGAGUUGGGGAUGGUACAGAGUUCAAUCAAUAGGGGAGUCAUAAAGCAAAAGAUUGGACUGUGGGGAGGGGAAGUGAUGAAACAAAUCUUCCAUUCAGGGCUUAUUUGUGAGGGAUAGCGGGGUAUCUGCAAUUUUAGUUGAUGGGAAUAUGAACUGCCUUUGGUUCUAUUUUUUCUUUUGUUCAUUACCUUGAAAGAAUGAAAGAACUAGGGUGGUUAUGCUUGUGAAAGCUGAGGGAAAUACCUAUGUAGCCGCCAGCCCUUUGUGACAGCCCAAACUGACUGAGAAUUCAAGGCUUAAGUGUAUAUUCAGUGUGCAAAGAAAGUAGUGUCCGAUAGCCCAGGGCUAGUGGAUUUUGCUAUCGGGCGAGUGAAUUCUGUUUUUAACUUGCGUGAGGAGCAAGUAAUGUUUUUUGAGGAAUUUGAAUAACAGAAGAACUGUGAAAUCAAUUCUGCUAGUCAAAAAGUUUUUGGGGCUAGUUGCAAUGACGUCUGGGCUAGUAAAUGCGAGCUUCAGCUUUCCCGAAUGGCAAGCUGUAAAAAUGAUUUUCUUUGCACCCUGAUACUUGUUGUUUUAAAAUUGGUGCGGACCCUGAGGAGUCGGAGAAAGUGGGUGGAGAAGGGAGAAGUUAACCUUUUCUUCUUGCACUGUCUUCAGCUUCCUUCUCGGUUUACUUGUUCUUCACAGUCCAGCAAAGCCCUAGUCUUUUUUGCAUACCUCAGGCUGGAGUCAUGCAGUGCUUCCUGGCCCAAUGCGGGAGGGGGGGGGGGGGGGGGGGGGGGGGGUGGGUCGGUUGGGGUGCAUUGUGUGAUUUCCAGACCAAGAAACAUGCUUUUUUCUCUGUUGAGAACCUGUGUCAUUUUAAAGAAGAAACCCUUGUAACCCAGAUUGUUGGGGUCGGUUGUUUAGUCAGUCCCCUCUUCUCUUGUGCUGACCAAUUCAACUGACUAAAACCAAAGGAGUGUCGUAUUAAUUUGAUAAAUCUGUCUGUGUAACUUUUAACCUCAGGUCUUUUGCACACAUGCAUCCAGAGUUUGUAGACAAAUUGAUAUUUUGCAACAUCCCACACCCAAGGUUAGUUCUAGCACCCACCACCUCUCUUAUUUGUUAUGUACAGUCAUUUUUACAGUCACCCACCUAAUUUGGACACCUCAGUAUUACAGACAGUUUGCUUUGUCCCUGGGGAAAGAAAUCCCUAACGUUUUCUUCAAAUUCACCCCCAUAAAAUGGAUACCCCGUUAUUAAAUAUGGACAUAUUAUUGGGAUUUGAAUGUAUAGACAAUAUGAACUAUACUGCUAUAUACUGGGUUUCCUGUUUCACUAAUUUUCAGAAAGUAAAAAAAAAUUAUGCACUUAGUUUCCACCAAGUAAAACUCUGCAACUGCACCUUAAACUCCAUAAACACUGCUUCCGUCACACUUGACUAUGCAAGACCAACGUUAAACUCUCUUCGCUUGUGAAAGCUAGUUAAUACCUCGUCUGGACUCAUCUACUUAUAAACUUACACAGUAAAAUUCUAGAACCUUUUUCAAAUAGUCUAAUUUUAAAAUGAUUACAAAAUAUAUGCUGUAGAAAGGCUAACACAAGAUCCUAAAAUAAAAUAAAAAACUAUGAACUCAUGCGAAGCUUCUAGAAUGUCAGCUGGUCACCGAAAAAAAAUUUUGGUAACACCCCUAUGCCCUAACCAACAUGGCUCGCGCAUGCUCCCUUCUUGAUCUGAUUCUCUAAAACAGCUCAGUUUUCUUUUUUGUUAGUUCAAUAACCACACCAGUAGUUCAAUGACCACACAUUAGUUCAUUGAGCUUAAACUACGUGUAGCUGCGGGAAAAAUAGCCACAAAUACAUUAGAUAUUUUUUGUAAUUAGAAUGUGUAGCAUAAAGUAAAAACAGAGAGGGAUGUUUCUGGGCGGGGUAUCAUGGUUGUAAAACCCCGUCAUACUUCAUUAUAAUCUUCAUCACAUUUAUUUAUUUAUUAUCUUCAUCACAUUCAUUUAUUUAUUUAUUUAUUUAUUUAUUAUCUUCAUCACAUUCAUUCAUUUAUUUACUUGUUUAUUUAUUUAUUUAUUUUUUGGCUGCCUGGAAUAACCAUAGGGGCUAGUGGACCCAGGCAGCCCGUUGAUAAUGGUAAUAAUACUAGGGGAGUCCAAUUCCGCCUGUAAUCAUACGAGUGAUAAACAAAAUCAGACGACCGCGUAGCAGGAGUCCGAUUUGCUUAAUCACGAGUAGAGUAAAGACGCGGCGGUCGCAUAGCGCCGGAAAAUUCCACGAUUUGUUUCGCUAUGUGGCCAGUUACACAGCGAAGCGACGUAGAAUUAACGAAACUGACCAAUCACCAUUCGUGCAAGAGACUUAACGAAGCAGUAAUCGAGGCGAUUACGAUUAUCCAAAGAAAGGCUAUCGUAAGUAAAAUGCAACAAAGGGGAUUGCUCUGGCCAAUCACAUGAGAGGCAAUUAAUUAAAUGAAGCAAUCAAAUUACAGAGUAAAGACUGGGAGGUGGCAAAGCGCGGGAAAUGCUACGACUUGUUUCACUUUUAGUCGCUUGACAUGUGGCCGGUCACAGCGUUGAGACGGGAAAUUUGCCUUAGGUGCGAAAACACUUAAUUACUAAACUGGUGAACAAAUUUUGAUUAUCUUGAGUGUGUUUUGCUCGUAUGUGAUCUCAAAUGUAUUUUGUGUUUGUAAAGGUGACAAAAAGAAAAAGAAGAAGUCUGGGAGUGGCUCCAGUACCUCAUCAAAUAGCCGUUCAUCAACCCCUACGAUUGCUACAGACGGCGCUGCUAAUACCAUUGCUGCCGCUGCUACAAAGCUGAGUCAGGACAGACCAGGAACUCCCUGUAAGUAUAUCCCCACUAUUUCCUAUUUAGUAAAACCUUCGUCAGGUACUAGUUCUUUCACAGUAUUUUACAAACUAGUAUUUUGGAUGUUGUUCCAUUUGUUACCGAUCGGUUUCAUGUUCCCAGUGUUGAAACAAUUUUUUGAAUUGUCUUGGUUUUUGUAGCAAAAUCAAAGAAGCGCCCAGCAAGUGCAAGUAAAAAAGGUACCCCUGGCGAAGAGGGAAGCCCAGCAAGCAAAAAACCUCGUGUAUCCCCGGCACCUUCCGCGGGAGGGGCAGGAGGAGGCUCAAGAACAAGCACCCCAACACCGACCGGUAGUGAGGAAGACCCUCAGGGGAUCAGUGAAGAAGCCGUGAGAAGGUACCUCACAAGAAAGCCCAUGACCAGCAAGGACCUUUUGCAAAAGUUCAAGAGCAAACGAACGGGCCAGUCAAAUGAUGAGACCGUUGAAAAGCUUGCUGCUAUCGUUAGAAAGAUACAACCCGAACAGAAGACCAUCAAAGGGAAACUUUAUCUGUCGCUUAAACCACAGAGCUGA